CCUGUCUCCUGGCCGAGCCCCGUGACACCACCUGCUUACCGCGGCUCCAGGUUGCAAGCCGCUUACUGGAUUAGUGGGCACCCACAAAGCCCCCGCGGUGGCUGAGGAGAGGCCCAAGUUUUCCAUGCGGCUCCAGUUUGUCUCCGAGUUGGCCACUGAGACCUGCAGGCUGUUGUGGGCAGUGGGACCCAGAAGCCGUGUGCCCUCUUUGCUGGGCAGAUGGUCCCAGUGGCUGCAGCCCGACAGACCCCAGCAGAGCGGUCCUGGCCGUGAUCCCUCCAGUUAUCCUCGGGUCAGAGGCUGACCCACCCCGGCCGCCAGGCUCCUCUCACCAACUCAAGAAGGACCUGAAGAUGCUGGCCAGCUACUCAGCCUGCCUGUUCUGGGGCGUCUGCACCACCCUGCUGGCCGUGGCUCUGGCCUACUACUUCUACUGGACGGCCAUUCUCAGUGAAGGACCCUGCACUCGCUACUGAGCUGUGGCCAUGGGCCUGCUCGCCUUCCUGAAGACCCAGUUCGUCGUGCACCUCCUCAUCGGCUUCGUCUUCGUGGUGAGUGGGCUGGUCAUCAACUCCAUCCAGCUCUGCACGCUGGUCCUCUGGCCCGUGAACAAGCAGCUGUACCGCCGGCUGAACUGCCGCCUCGCCUACUCGCUCUGGAGCCAGCUGGUGAUGCUGCUGGAGUGGUGGUCGUGCACGGAGUGCACCCUGUUCACCGACCAGGCCACGGUGGACAGCUUUGGGAAGGAGCAUGUAGUCAUCAUCCUCAACCACAACUUUGAAAUCGACUUCCUCUGUGGGUGGACCAUGUGCGAACGCUUCGGCGUGCUGGGGAGUUCCAAAGUCCUGGCAAAAAGGGAGCUGCUCUACGUGCCCCUCAUCGGCUGGACGUGGUACUUCCUGGAGAUUGUGUUCUGCAAACGGAAGUGGGAGGAAGACCGGGACACCGUCAUCAAAGGCCUGAAGUCCUUGGCCGACUACCCCGAAUACAUGUGGUUCCUCCUGUACUGUGAGGGCACGCGCUUCACGGAGAAGAAGCACCGCGUCAGCAUGGAGGUGGCCGCCUCCAAGGGGCUGCCCGUCCUCAAGUACCACCUGCUGCCUCGGACCAAGGGCUUCACCACCGCGGUCCAGUGCCUCCGCGGGACAGUCGCAGCUGUGUAUGACGUCACGCUGAAUUUCCGAGGAAACAAGAACCCGUCUUUGCUGGGGAUCCUCUACGGGAAGAAGUACGAGGCGGACAUGUGCGUCAGGAGAUUUCCUCUGGAAGAGAUCCCGAUGGAUGAGAAGGGAGCAGCUCAGUGGCUUCAUAAACUGUACCAGGAGAAGGAUGCGCUGCAGGAGACAUAUAACCAGAAGGGCGUGUUCCCGGGGCAGCAGUUCAAACCCACCCGCCGGCCAUGGACGCUCCUCAACUUCCUCUUCUGGGCCACGCUCCUCUUAUCUCCUCUCUUCAGUUUUGUCUUGGGCGUCUUUGCCAGUGGAUCCCCACUCCUGAUCCUGACGUUCCUGGGGUUUGUCGGGGCAGCUUCCUUUGGAGUCCGCCGACUAAUAGGAGUGACUGAAAUAGAAAAAGGCUCCAGCUAUGGAAACCAAGAAUUUAAGAAAAAGGAAUAAUUAAUGGCUGUGAUUGAACACACAUAACCUGACGGUGGUAUCCAAUUAACUCAAUUAAAAACAGAACAACACACCUAGUGCGGGGGAAAAAGACACUUAGAAACUAUUUUUCUUAUUAACUGGUGACUAAUAUUGACCAAUAAAACUUGAGCCAAGAGUAAAGCGGUCAGCAGACCUGCAGAUGGAGACGCCAGCCUCGCCCCUGCGCAGGAGAGCCGGGCUGGGUGCCUGCGGUGGAGGGCGGCCGCUCCCGCCCCCGGAAUAUGGGGGCGUACCCGGCCCGAGGGAGGCUUUGGAAACGUUCUCUUCUCGCGCUUAGAUCCCGUUUUCGGUUUUUAUCAAUUUUCUUGGGAAUUUCCCCUGCCCCUCGCCACGUCCCCUGCACCCACUGCGGACGCUCUACCCUGCUCCCGCUGAGAACUGUGUGCCUGGGUUCCCAGGCCCCCAGAGCACCUACUGGCCGCUACCAACCCGCACCGGGCCUCCGGGCGGGAGGGAACGUGGUCUGGCGAAAAGCACACUGGGCGGGGCUGCGGCGGGACACGCCCCCUCCCCCGGAGCGCCUCCCUAAGCCUGCAUGCUGACACCUCGAAUCCGUUUUAAAGCGAGUGGAGCCAGAGAAAACGCGGCGGAAGGUCGAAUUCUGCCCAUGCCCGGAGCUUAGCUCCUCUGUCCCCCUCGCUCCUGGCGGACAGCGGCCUUUCAUCCCGCCGGGGGCAGGGCUGCAGGGGGCCGGCCCCCCAGCCCCAGCAGGGCCGGUGCGCCAGGGGCGCUAUGCGCUAGGGAGACCUCUGCCGCAGGGCUGGCAGAUGCUUUGAAAAGGUGGUGUCACCAUUACCCUGUCUUCUAAAGGUGGUUGGAGGCUGUUAAUAUGGAGCUGUUCAGAGGUUUUGUUUUCACAGUUGACCUGAUGGAAGCCAGAGGUGGGGAGCCUUCCCCACUCCGCCACCUCCCUUCCAAGCAGUGCGUGCGUCCUGGAGGAUGCUGGCCUCUGGGGGAGGCAGCGGAGUCCCUAGUGUCCAGGCAGCAUCUCCUCCAGCCUGCAGCCACGGGGAGGUGUUUCGUGCACUCUCAGGCCUCUUGGCCUGGCCGGGCUGGAAGCCUUGGGGUUGCCCGGCAGAGUGGACCUGGGCCGCCGCUCCAGCUCCGCCACGUCAUUCGGCCACAAGCUUGCAUCCGACUAUCUUCUUAAACUUUCAACUUGCUUUUUUAAAGUCACACUCCCCUCAUCUUUUUUAGCAAGGGAAAGAAAAAUAAUGGGUGUUAUCUCUGCUGUCCUGUAACCAGCAUUCAGAAUAGAGGCAGGUUGAAUUUUCUGGGGGGGGGGGGGGGGGGGGGGAUGAAAGAAAGAGGAAUGAGCAAAAUUAUAAACCAAAUUGGAAAAAAUAAUUAUGCAUUGGCCCUAAGUCUGAAUUUUGGGGAGACCUGUGGAAACAGCAGAUUGCCUUUACAGUGACACUACUAAAUUCUGCAUUGGUGACCUUGGUGAUGGCCCCAAGGUCGCAGGGACAGGACCCGCAGCUCUGCUCAUUCGCAGUGACUGUAAAGGCACGCACGUCCUCUCGAGGCUGGGCGCUGAGACUGUGUGGAGGCCAGCUGCCCUCUGCCACAAAGCUCGCCUCCCGCUUCCCUGCAGGCGUGGAGCCUGGUACGCAGUAGGGCCGCUUCCACUGGGGUGAGCGGCUCCCUUACAUCUUGUUUUUCUUCACACAACAUGCUGCUCACCUGUGUGUGUGUGUGUUUGUGUGUGUGUCAUUUGCUAAUCCACUCAUCCCUGAAGAGCUUAAAGGAAGGUUGAAGGGCACUAUUGUGAAGAUACAUUACCUGGAAAGUGCAAAUUUAGAUCUUUCACCAUUUAAUUAAUAGCUCUUGCUUCCCAGCUAAGUUCCCUCCCCUUGAAAUUGAUACACAAUAUGUAAAUUCUAUACUGAGUCAGUAACCAGCUGUGAAGACUCCUGGGUGAAUGGAGAUUGAGACCACAUGUAGGUUUUAAAUCUCAGUGACUUCUUUCUGAUUUAACGAAGAUUAGCUUGUGCAUUUGAAUACCAAGCCCUUUGAGAGCAAUAAAAAUUACACCGUAAAUGUUUGCUUUUUUUUUUUUUCCUUUUUUGGAGGGGUGGAUCCUGCUUUUCAUCCACUUCAGAGGGAAAAGGGGGAGGUUCCUUUAGUUUUUUUAAAUUAAUAAAUCUCAGAACAGUGCUUUUCUUAUUUCUUUUCCUUUACCCCCUUUGUUACUGAUGUUGUCAUUGUCCAAAAUCAGUCUGAAUGUUGGGACAGUCCUCCUGGUCACCACCAGAGAGGGUGCACUCUAGAUUCAACACACUAGGCCCCAGGUCGGGCCGAGCAGGAGCAGGAAUCCAUGGUGUUGGCUGACCACUCUGCCAGGGGAGGGGUUUGCUGAGCCUCUCUGCAGGGAAGGGGUCUGCUAAGCCUCUGGGGGUGUAGUUUUGUUGCUGCAGCAGCUUCCAGAGCCAGCCCCACUCCCACUGGAGAUACAAAAGGCAGCAGCUUCAGGCCUUGGGUCCCUCCCACAGGUGCCGGAUGAAGGGUGAGUCCUGAGUCCAGGCUGCUGGAUGGUGUAUUUCUCAGCUCAGGCCCCGGUGCUGUAUGUUCUGUCGCUGACACACGUGUGCUGGUGCUGCCUGGCAAGUAGAGUCUGGGUCCUGGGCCCUCCUUUCGUGUCCAACAGUCCCUCUGCAGGGUUCCAGGGGCUUCUAGGGUGCCUGCGCCAGUGUGGCCCUGUGACAGCCCUGGAACAGGUGAGCAGACGCCAGGGAAAGGCUUACCUGCUCAGGGGAGACCACUGACAGGGUUUUUAACCCCAAAGAAGUGACCCUGGUCAUCGGCUCCUUGGUGACAGCGUGCUGGAUGCACAGCCCUGUCUGAGCCACAGCCCCCCCACCCCCACCCCGAGAAGCAGAGUCAGAUUGAAGAGAUGGUCUCUGUAUGAACUGCUCAGUAAUGACUUGGAUCAGUGACAUGAGUAGUACUUGCCUGUAAAGGUGACGCAGGCAUGUCUGCCUGCCGGGGCCGUCUGGAAUCUCCGCCUUGUUCGCCCGGUCACCCCCCACCCCUGUGCGCACCAUGGCACAAGCUCUUUCUCACUCUAACUCAGUUGCUGAGCACUGACGUCCACCUCCAGAAGCGUGGUGCAUGCAGUUAUGUGCAGGUCAGGAGCUGUCUCCAAGUGGUCCACACCCAUGUGACCCCUGUUCGUGUCAGAUUUGAAGUGAAGAACAAGUCCCUCUCUGCAUGUUGCUUUGUCUCUGCCUGAGAUACCUAGAGACAAGCCACAUAAAUCUUCGGAGCCCGACCGAUUUUCAGCCGAGCUGACUGACCCUUGUGUGAUGUGUGCUGUGAAUUUCUCACCACAGCUGCAUGCAACCCUGGCACGCAACAUGGCAGGCAGUGGCGCCAUGCGGUUUCCAACCCCUGGCAGUGUAACCAGGCUUAGGGGUUAAAACUGUCAGCCCAAUGUGCCCACCUGCUUCCCUCUGAAGACGGCAUGUCCCCCCUCCACGUGCCUGCCCCUCUCUAGCAAGUUAGCUCCCAGGCAAAGGCAAGCCUCUCCCCAGUGCCGUUGGGGCCAGCCACAGCCCUGACACCCCCAGACGUCCUGGGUCGUGAGUGGUGCUGCAGGCAGGCAGACUUUCCUGUGGGUUCCGCAUCCUUGCAUGUCAGGGCCAGGACACAAAUACACUGGAACCUUUUUUGGGUAGGUGAUGUCACACUGCAUUCUGCUUGAUGCAGGGGUGGACAUGCAUGAAUUGAGUUCACCCCCAGCACUGGCCACGAGCUGACUCAGUGCAAUGGAGGUAUUCCCACAAAUGCCGGGGAAGGAAAUAAGAGCCCUCGGGGGAACCCAGGAACUCAGGGCAGUUGACUCCAGUCAGGCUGGCGGCAGCCACACCCUCCUUUCAAAGACAAUUGAAUUGCUUUAAAAUUUGAAGCUUUGUGCUGACAAGUUUACUUGGAGUUUUCUUUUCCUAUAAACUUUUCAGUUUCUUAACUUUUUGUUUGCAAAUUAUUUUGGACAGAAGUUGAACUGUGAAUGAGAUACUGAAAUGCACUAAAUUGUAUUAAACUGGAGUUACUUGAUGCCAUGAAGAAAUGCAUCUGAUCUACUCGUAUUUAUUGUCUCAGAAUUGUAUGUGGUGACAAUCAAAUGUUCCUUGCCUACAUACCAGGAAAUUCAACUGGCUUCUGAAUCAUCACGAUCGUCAGCAAGUACUGUUAACUGUAAAUGAAAAUUUCUCUCUUUGGAAAACAACACAAACCAUCGACCGAAAUGUGUGGGACAAAUGUCGGCGUUCUUUUUUUCCAUUAUUGAUCCUCUGCCGUACCUGACCGCUGGCCAGCUUCAAAGGGUGAUAAAUUGUAUACAGGGUGCAAAUGUAUUAUAUGGAUGCUUCCUUUUGUACACUUCGUUUUUACAAUUUUGCUACAGCUUUGUGUAGUGGAGGAGAGCGGUAUUUUUGGUCUCUGGGAGCCUGUUGGGGGUGGGGGGUGGGGGUGGGAGCUAACUUGGACUCUAACCGCCUGUAUCCUGCGAAAACUGGCUGCACUUGCCGUGUGCUGGAAAGGUCGCUUUGUACUCGGGUGUGCUCCAGCCUGCCUGAGUGGCGGUAUUUUCUAGAUAGGAUGCUGUGGGCGUCAUGCUUGUUUAUUAAAACUGCUGCUGUGAAAGAGAGGGAUAAAAUAUCCACACUAUGAGACCGUGACUGCCUGCCUCCUCCUGGCCCUGUGCUGCUGGCCCGUGGAGGGUUUUCCCGGGCACUUCCUGGCCCUUGGGUUCCCCGCCUUGCAGGUGCCCUGAGGCUUGGACUGUUUCUCCAGACCGUCCUGUGAUGACACUCUCUGAGCCUCCCCAUCUCGUGAAAGUUGCUUUCGGAAGGGAACUCAAGCAGAGCGACGGUCAGGCGAAAGCAAGGCAGAAAGAUCAGCUGGUGCCUAAAGCAUGCUCACUGACCCCUCUGCCUAAAAACCAGUCUGAAAAGCCAUCUAGGACAAAAGGGUUUCCAAAGUAGGCAUGUAUAUAUCAAAAACUAUUUUUUUGUAAAAGCAAAUUCACUCUGUGGAGAAAACCCAGGAACCCUUCUUUAUAAAGAAAAAAACUCUUGUCAGAACCAAGAGCUAUUCCAGGGUCUGAUUUGUCUGUCUUGUGAAAAUAAAUCGAGCUAAAAGAC